AUGCCCGAGAUUUUAAUGCUGGCUAGAAUCAUCUGUAGUCGACAUAUCGGCAUUAACGGUACCACGCUCUACAUUCCACCAAGGCUGGUAGUCCAGUGCCGCCGCCUCUCGACAUGUCUGCAGCCGUACUUUCGGCUGGUUUUCGCCGAGGCCCCUUUUGUCUGCCUCCCGGGACCCGACGUCGGUACCGUGUUUGCAGACUCCGGACCGUUUAAGCGCUGGCUCGCCGACGAAAAGGAACACUACUCGGACGCCGAGGUCGUCGCCACCAUCGACGCAUCCCUCGCUGCCGCCAUGCAGGGCGACACUCGCGCCGGCGCCACGGGCCCCUGGGUCGGCCUGCUCGGCUUUUCUCAGGGCGGCAAAUUGGCCGCCAGUCUGCUGUACCGGCAGCAGAGGCAGCAGCAGCCGCGGGCCUCGGGCGACGCGUGGCGUUUUGGAGUAAUUAUGGCCGGCCGCGGACCGACCGUGUGCCUAGACCCGGAGACCUGCCCAUCAGUGCUUCUCGCGAGGCCGAGGGCGGAGCUGCUCGCCCCACCUCUGCAGAAACUGGAUCAGGCCGAGGCCGCAAAAGGCCACCACGUGCUCAGGGUGCCGACGUUGCAUGUGCACGGCAGAUUUGACCCGGACCUCAAGUAUCACAAGGUGCUGCUGCACGAUUAUUGCGAGCCCAGCACGGCGCGGCUGCUGGAGUGGGCCGGCGACCACCGGGUGCCGCUCAAGCCGGCCGAUGUCACGCCUGUGGUGGAUGGGAUUCUUAAGCUAGCGGCGGCGACGGGGGUUUAA